GUCUGUGCCUGCUCCAAUGGAAAAGAAUGCCUCUGCUCUGCCUUAUCAAGCUAUGCCUCUGCCUGUUCCAGGAAAGGUGUACUUAUAGAAUGGAGAACACCUGAAUUUUGCUAAUGUGUGGCAGGUGGGAAAGAUCUACUAGGAGUGUGGAAGUCCAUGCACUAGACUGUCGGUCCUGUCCACCUGAUUUAAUGCAGUGAGUCUGUAUGGAAGGAUGUCUGUAAACUGUCGGUCUUUACGCCAAGACGUUUGGAGCAUUGUUGUAAUAAAAUUGAUGUGAGUGUCUAUGAUGGAGGAGUUAUUCCAGCAUGAAGAGUGUUUCAAAUACCAUUCAUGUGUAUCUUCAUGGUGAAGUUCGAGGCUUAUUUCUAUAACAUUUUGCUAAUAAUGGCCAAUGUAACUAUUUUAAUUUCCUUUGUAAAUGACAGUAAAAAGAAGUUUGGUGUGUCGACCACCAAUGAGGAAAGUGGUAUGCUCACCAGAUGAUCCAACCAUAAAAGGAACCGAAUGCACCAAAACAUGCCAGAACUAUGAGUUUGAAUGCUUGACCCCCUACUGUAUUUCUGGCUGCCUGUGCCCUGAAGGAAUGGUCCGACAUAAUUCCAGGUGCAUCUAUCCAUCUAGAUGUCCAUGUACUCACGCAGGAAAGGAAUACGCUCCUGGAGAGUCAGUGGAAAUUGACUGCAACACAUGUGUCUGCCAAGACAGGAAAUGGCAGUGCACAAACAAAGUAUGUGAUGGCACAUGUUCUGCAAUAGGAGUAUCCCAUUACUUGACGUUUGAUGGUAUGAAGUAUAAUUUCCCAGGUGACUGUCAGUACGUCAUGGUUCAGGAUUACUGCAAUGGAGGAACUGGAUCCUUCCGUAUCCUUGUUGGCAAUGUGGGUUGUGGUUUCACAGGAGAGAAAUGUUCCAAGAAAAUUACAAUUUACUUUAGAAAUGGUGAAAUUGAGCUGGCAAAUGAACAGGCCACCAUUAGAAAGCCUCUG